GCAUAUAUAAAAUUUCAGGUUCUAUCGCUUGGAGCAGAUGUCCUACCGGAAUAUAAGCUUCAACCAACUAGGAUUCAUCAUUGUACAAUCGUUCAUUAUUCGCCGUUUAAAGCUGUCUGGGAUUGGAUUAUACUACUCCUUGUCAUCUAUACUGCCAUAUUCACGCCUUAUGUUGCCGCCUUCUUACUUCGAGAGGACAAUACUCGUAAAGCACGCUUCUCGGAGCCGUUAGAAAUUAUUGAUUUAAUUGUUGAUAUUAUGUUUAUUGUAGAUAUUAUCAUCAAUUUUCGAACUACUUAUGUUAACGAAAAUGACGAGGUAGUCUCACAUCCAGGUAAAAUAGCAAUACAUUAUUUCAAAGGAUGGUUUAUUAUUGAUAUGAUUGCCGCCGUACCUUUCGAUUUACUUCUUGUCAAUACAAAUAGCGAUGAGACGACGACAUUAAUCGGUCUAUUAAAAACAGCUCGUCUUUUACGUUUAGUAAGGGUGGCACGUAAAUUGGAUCGCUAUUCGGAAUAUGGUGCCGCUGUUUUGUUGUUGCUUAUGGCAACGUUUGCUUUAAUAGCACACUGGCUAGGUUGUAUAUGGUACGCGAUUGGAAGUGCUGAAUUGCCCCACAAAGAGUUCACUUGGUUACAUCAGCUGGCUCGGCAUUUAAAUGAGCCGUAUGUGACAACAAAUGGAAGUACACCAACAGGUGGUCCAUCAUUGAAAUCACGUUAUGUAACCUCUUUAUAUUUUACGCUUUCAACAAUCACUUCAAUUGGGUUCGGAAAUGUUUCGGCAACUACCGAUUCUGAAAAAAUUUUUACUAUUGUUAUGAUGAUACUUGGAUCACUUAUGUACGCCUCAGUAUUUGGUAAUGUUUCUGCAAUAAUACAACGCUUAUAUAGUGGUACAGCUAGGUAUCACACUGAAAUGUCAAGAUUACGCGAAUUCAUUCGUUUUCAUCAAAUCCCAAACCCACUGAGGCAACGUCUUGAAGAAUACUUCCAGCAUGCUUGGUCAUAUACGAAUGGGAUCGACAUGAAUACGGUUCUGAAAGGGUUUCCAGAUUGCCUUCAAGCCGACAUUUGCUUGCAUUUGAAUCGAAAUUUGCUCAAUAGUUGUCCGGCAUUCGCUGGAUCAACACCAGGAUGCCUUCGUGCACUUAGUAUGAGGUUUCGUACCACUCAUGCUCCUCCGGGCGAUACUCUCGUUCACAGGGGUGACGUACUUACGGGCCUUUUUUUUAUUGCUAGAGGUUCUGUUGAAAUUCUCAAGGACGAUAUGGUUAUGGGUAUUCUUGGCAAAGACGAUAUUUUUGGUGAAAAUCCCUUAUUGAACGAAGAUGUUGGCAAAUCAUCAUGUAAUGUUCGGGCACUUACCUACUGCGAUUUACAUAAAAUACUUCGUGAUGACCUUCUUGAUGUUCUUGAUAUUUAUCCAGAGUUCGCCGAGAAUUUUUGUCGCAAUUUGAUUAUUACAUAUAAUCUUCGAGAUGAGGCACAGUCAGCGAGAAAGCGAUUGGAUCGACACAAACUACUUCGGAUGUCAUCAUCAAUAACAAAGGAUAAAAUUUCACCGUUACAUUACGAAGGUUUAUAUAUAUAUAUAUAUAUAUAUAUAUAUAUUAGGCUACGGUUAUUAAGAAAUUCACGAGCGGACCUUAGACAAUAA